UUUGAAAAUUAACAAAUUUACAGAAAAAGCAUAAAGAAAAACAACUUUAAAAUAUUUUUUAUUCCAAAAAAAAAUUUAAACAAAAAAGUGUUAUUUAACUUUAAAAAAAAAUCUAACAAAAUGAUGAUGAACGCUUUCAUUGACCCCACCACCACCAGUCAACAUCAUUUGGCUAAUUAUGGCAUACGCAUGUCGCCCAAUAAUCUCAAUCAACAAACAGAUUUAGUGCAACAACAACAACAGCAGCAGCAAUUGCAUCAACAGCAACAACAACAACAGCAAACGGCCCAGGAAGAGGCACAACAACAACAACAGCAAUUGGAUAGCAGUGGUUUAAUGUCCUCCGCCAUGUCAUCGGGCAUUUCCUCCGAUAUGUCUUCUCCCUCCUCGGCCUAUCAAAAUAGUGGUUAUGCCCCUUUUAACACCCAACUAGGAACAUAUUCUUCUCGAGAUUUUCUUUUGGGACGCCGUACAGAACAGGAUUAUAUGUCGGCCUCCACAGCAGCUGCUCAAAGUGUUGGUCAAACUGCUGCUGAUUCUAUGCUAUUUCCCACCUUUCCUGCAACACAUGCCAAUCACCCGGAUCUAACCAGUUCGUUUGGCAAUCAUCCUUUUCACUCACAUCAUCAUGCCGCCGCUGCCCAUCAUCAUCAUUCGCAUCAAAUGCGUAUGGGCAUGACGGAUUACGCUACACAUCCCUAUGCCCAUGCGCAACAUCAUACCAACUUUCCGUCGGUACAUGCUGCCCAUCAUGCUCAACACAUGGGCAUGCAUCCCGCCGGCGCAGGAGCCUUUUUGCGUUAUAUGCGCCAUCAGCCCGCCACUGCAGCCUCGGCCAUUAAACAGGAAAUGCAAUGUCUUUGGAUAGAUCCCGAUCAACCCGGCGGUCCUAAUAAUCGCAAAACUUGCAAUAAAAUCUUUCACUCUAUGCAUGAAAUUGUCACUCACUUAACGGUGGAACAUGUGGGUGGACCCGAGUGCACUACUCAUAUCUGCUACUGGAUCGGUUGUUCACGCAAUGGCCGCCCUUUUAAGGCCAAAUAUAAGUUGGUUAAUCAUAUACGUGUUCAUACCGGCGAGAAACCAUUUGCCUGCCCUCAUCCCGGAUGUGGCAAGGUAUUUGCCCGCAGUGAAAAUUUAAAAAUACACAAGAGAACUCAUACAGGUGAGAAACCUUUCAAAUGUGAACAUGAAGGCUGUGAUCGUCGUUUUGCCAAUUCGUCAGAUCGUAAGAAACAUUCGCAUGUUCAUACCUCGGAUAAACCUUAUAAUUGUCGUAUUAAUGGCUGUGAUAAAUCCUAUACUCAUCCCUCAUCAUUGCGUAAACAUAUGAAGGUUCAUGGCAAUCUUGAUGAAAAAUCACCUUCUCAUGGUUACGACAGCGAGGGCGAAGAGUCCUCUUCAUCGAGUAUUGUUACCGGUGGUGCUCAAACUCCACCCUCAGCCCGUUUAACCAGUGAUAACUCUUCGGCCAAUGGCAGUUUGAAUAAAUCCUCUCCCCAUUCGAUUAAGUCCGAACCGACGGCUAACUCUAGCAUGCAUAGUGUACAUUUGGGAGCCUCUUCCAGUGGCAGCAGUAGUACGGCCAGUAGUGGUCAUCAUACCCAACAGCAUAAUGUCACCAGCCAUCAUAAUCAACAGCAACAACAACAGCAGCAGCAACAGCAACAAUCCUUAAGCUCUGGUUUGCACAAUCAUCAUCAACAUCAUCAGCAUCAGCAUACCACACAUCAACAGAAUUCCGCCAAAUCGCCUGCUUUACAAUUAAUGGCCUCCUCCGCCUAUUUGCCACCACCCUUGGGACCUCCACCUUCACUAACAGCUGCUGGCUCUCAUCAUCAUACGCAUCAUCAUCAUCAGGGUAUGACAGCAGCAGCCGCCGCUGCCGCUUCUUCAGCCAGUGCUACAAAUCCAGCUUCUAUGUUGGUAACUGGACAUCAUCAUCCCAAUCAUCAUUUGUUGUAUCAUCCUGCCGCCCAACAUCAUGCUCCCACAGAUUGGUAUCAUACCGCCGCCCCUGCCGCUGGGGCAGAUGCCAUGAAUCCUUUAAAUCAUUUUGGUCAUCAUCAUCACCAUCAUCAUUUAAUGCAUCCCGGAGCUGCUACAGCUUAUUAAAUAUAGCUUAGGCCAAUUUAUUGUUGAAUUACUAUUAAUCAUUUUUUUUUCUAGGAAAAUUAAAAUUUUCAAAAAAAGCUCUAGAUUUAUAAAAAAAAUUCAUAUUAACUAUUGUGUGCUUAAAUGUUAUCACAUUUCUCUUUAGAUUUAUAACACUCUCUCUCUCUCUCUCUCUACUAUCCCCUUAGUGUCUCAGAGAUACUUUCUUUCAUUUGACCACUCCCCCAUUCUCUUCUGCCCCCUUUCACUUACUCCACUGCUUUGUUUUUCCAUAACAAAAGUACCGUUUCCUAUUAAGUUUAAUUGUAAAUUAAAGCCAAAUAUUUCCUUAAAAAAAUAUUAUUAAAAAAAAUCCUUGAAAAAAAAUCUCAAAAAAAAAUAUAAAAAAUUAAUUAUUAAUUAAAUUCAUAAAUUAUGAGCAAAAACCUUAAUUAAAUACCUGAAAAUAAAAUUUAAAAAAUAAUUCAUAAUUUUUAAAAUUAAAUUUUUUUCUUUGUAUAUAUACCCCUUAAAAUAUAAAUCCCCAAAACUCCUUAU